UCACAUUACUUUAUUUAAUACUCGGUGGUAGAUGCUGAAGUUCGAUACAUUUUAAUUAGAUGAAAGGUAUAAUAUACAAGUUUUAAAGCUGAAAGUCCGUCUUGCAAAAAAAAAAAUAGUUUGAGGGUUUUCUUGCAAAGUCCUCGAAAGCAAAAGCACUACUGAACUACGAUUGUCGUCGACUAAAAAAGUACCCUAAAAGUCGAAACGCUUCUUCAAUUUUGCCGCAGUUCUCAUCGUAGUGGCGAGCAACAAUCCCACUCGCAGAUUCUUCCAUCAGAGCUAAUAGACAGGUGCAUAGGGUCGAAGUGAUAAUGAAAGGAGACAAGGAGCUCGUGGGGGUUCUCAAAGGCUUUGACGUUUACGUCAACAUGGUCCUUGAGGAUGUCACCGAGUACGUGCAGUGAGAUUACAGCAGAAGGAAGCCCAACACCGACCAUGGCAAUAUCAAUAAUAUACUAGAAUGUAUGCUAAAUGGGUCGAGACAGGUCCUUAAAUAUAAAGCCCAGUGACUUAGUACCAUUUUGGCUGGCGAAUGAGAAGUAGCCAACUAAGUGGAGACAAGAUGCUGCAAGGGGAAGUGGGCGGUGCUUCCAGUCAGUACCCAUCAUCAGUCUUUCUUUAUGACUACCCAUUGCUUCUCAAGUUAUGGAGCAUCCAUCCUUUUUUCCUACACCAAUUUGGCAUCACUUUCCCAAACCUUGUCUAAGAGAUCAACAUCUGAUUUGUUAAUAUGUUUCUCAAUCCAAACUAAUCUUAUGAUUCUUAUAUAAUCCCAAAUGUAAAUACAAAUUUCAAAGUAAGUUCAUUAAAGACAUGGUCAACAUUAACAAAAGAGAAAGUUCUGAUUAGGCCAAUAGCAAAUAUGAGUUCCAUUAAAGCAAAAAAAAAAAGAUAUUCUAAUAUCAAGACAGAAGAAAAAGAAGUUCCAUUCCCCAAUUCAAAAGUCUCUUUCUUGCUCACCAAUCAUUCUCCUUCUCAUCAACAUGCACCACUUUCACUCAUUCUUUUAUCUCUCUUUACCUCUGACUCUCUCUUAUCUCCUCUGUUCCCAAGCCCAUACUUGUAAAAGAACCUGCUCCCAAAGUUGGCUCUGCACAACUCUCAAUAGUAACAGCACUAAUGAAUCCACUCACAGUUUCAGAUUCUUCACAUUUUCCAACGCUUCUCAAACACCAUCUUAACUUGGCUUCUCUUCUACUUCUCAUCUUCUCCCUCACCCUAAAACAUAGAAUGGAAGAAGAUCAUCAGCAUCAAGUAGAAGAGGAGGAGGAAGAAGAGAUCAUGCCAUCCCAAGAAGCCAACAAGACAGACGAAGACACAUCUUCAUCUAGACUACUGUUUCCAUGCCUCUUCUGCUAUAGAAAGUUCCAUAGUUCUCAAGCCCUAGGAGGCCACCAGAAUGCUCACAAGAAGGAGAGAACCGCUGCUAGAAGAGCCAAAAGAGCUUACGAUUUUAUCAACAACAAUGACUUGCUUCACACGUUACCUGUCUUUUUAUCCUCCCCAUCUCCGCACCCCUUGACAAUCUUAAGCUACCCUUCUUCUACGUCCGUUGCAUGCUUUCCAGCUUCUCAUACAGACCUUCCAAUCUUCAAAUCCAACGGUGCUCAUGUCGUGUUGGCGUCAUCCCACCAAGGUAGAGAUAGCAAAGAAGGGUAUCUUGGUCAAAAAUGUGUUCAAAUUUUGGAUCAUAACGGUAACGUGGUGAAUAGUGAGAACGGUCAAAACCAGUGUCUUGAUCUCUCCCUCCAUUUGUAAUCUUAGGGUUUGUUGUUACAUCAGUGGGAAAAGAUCCGAUGUUCCCACACGUGAAUCUUCUACGUAUAUGUCUCUUUCAUGCAUGAGGAUCGUCCUAUCGUGGACAUAAUCCGAAGAUUUAUAGUAUCCUGAUGCUUUUGUUAUGGUUAUAAUGCCCCGAUAAGCUAAUCUGCACUAUGUAGAAGAUAAUACUUUCAAGCUGCCAAAAGAUAAUAAAAAAACCAUCCUCAUGUGGAUACUAGACUUCGUUGUUUUUGCUGGGGUUUCCUUUUUUCCUUUUAGACGAUAAUAAUUUUAUCCAGUAAAUGCUACUGAAUGAAGAAAGGAGAAUCAAGAAUAUGAUGUUACAAAAAAAAAAUGGAAAAGAACACUCACACAUGACAUUUAUCUGUUGUUGGCCGAACUCAUUAUUGUUUUCAUAAUAUCACAGAACACCUAUGCAUAUUGCAAAAAUUAUUUUACUUAAUUAAUGUUUGUCAGUCUGGAAGCCUAAUCA